UUUCACCCAGGAUAUUAUGCUGGGCCCGUGUGUGCAGGACCCGGCAUGGGUCAAGAUGAGUUCCCCGACCCCGGCCGUGUCCAAGAAACGCAAGAAGCCAGAUACCAAGCCUCAGUCACAAAUCAACAAGUGCCUUAAUGAGAAGCGUCGUCGAGAGCAGGAGAACACGUACAUCGAGGAGCUGGCAGAAUUAAUCCAAGCCAGCAUCGCCUCUGACAUGAGCUCGCUCUCUGUCAAGCCGGACAAGUGCGCCAUCCUGCAGCAGACGGUCAACCAGAUCCGGCGCAUCAAGGCGGCGGAGGGGGCGGGGGAAGGCGCGGUGCAGCAGGGCGAGGUGUCCUCCUCCAAACCCACACUCCUCCCUAGCCAGCGACUCGGCCCGCUACUUCUCGAGGUUGGCCAAGUGAGUCCACCAGUGAAACUUCACGUAGCCGAAGCUUUAACUGUCGCCUCCUGGUCAGGCCUCCAGAUGACCAGGAGGAGACUAUGGAAGAGAAGCAACAGCGGGUAUCCCAGUAUGAGAAUAUGCAGAUUUCUGCUGUGCUUCUGCCGCCAUCAUAUUUAGUGGAUAAAGGUAAUAGUGAAUCUUUUGAGGGUGAAGGACAACAGUGUCUAGUUUGUUUGGUUCGCCGUAUUCCACCUAACGAACGGAUCCAAGGCACCCCAGUUGAACAAUUUACCACCAAGCUGGACACUCAGGGCACCAUUAUUGCCCUUGACGCCAGUGGAGUGUCCCCCAGAUAUAGUCAAUAUAUAAACAAGGAAAGAAUUGGUGAACAAUUUGAAGAUUUAAUAGCCCCAGGAGAUAUCGGGAAGGUCACAGGUCACUUGGGAGAAGCUUUGCAUUCAGGCCAAGCAACAUCCCAGGUGUAUCGUGUAAAGGUUGGAGGAGAUAGAUUUAUACGAGUACAGACAAAGUCAAAACUUUUCCGUGAUACAGACGGAACUCAACCAGAAGGGAGCUUCAUCAUGGCAACACACACAAUAAUUGGACCCUUCCAAGAAGGUGGUGCAUCAGCAACUUCAGAUAGACUGCUUGCAGGUACCUCUGGUAAUGGUGGAAGUGUUCUUGAUGAGUCACAAGGUGGAAGACCAAGUAGUACAGGUGGUGUUGUUGAUGACUCUAGUGUAUCUUUUGGUGAUAAUGGACGCUUAAGAAGACUUCUUAGUCAUGGUGAUGAUAGUGGAGACCUGUCUUCUGCUGAUGGUCCAAAUAAAAUCCUCAAAGACCUUCUAAACCAAAAAGAUGAGGAUGAUACCCAAGGUGGUGGGACUGGUAGUGGAGAUUCAAUACGUUUGUUUCAUCAUAUACCCCACCUAGAAUCUAAGCCAAACACCUCCUCGUCGCCUGCAGCAAAUUCUAGGGAUAAUAACAUGCUUAGAGAACUGCUGAACAAUGAAGAUGAAGAUAAUGAAAAGAAAAGCAGCGAUGACAUCUGGGAGUUAUUGAACACACCAGAGGACAAGAAGCCAGACCUUACAUCUGAGUUCCGCCCUCCCCAGGGGCCUCCUGGGGGACCCAUGCAGACUGUCAAUUCAACUUCUUCGUCAUCCACUCCCAAUACUUUAUCCUCCACUUCAUCAAGUAAUCCCCAGCCUCUGAACUCCAGUGGAGUUCCACCAAGACCCCCAAGUAGAGACAUGCUACCAGCGUCAAAUAUGUUGCGGGGAAUGAAACGUCCAAGUGACGAACCACAUGAUGGGAACCCAAAUAAACAUCAGGUACUUGGUGCAUUUGAAACCAUGCUAGGUCCUUCACCACCAGCUACUUCCAUGAGUCCUGCACCAGUGCAACAUGGAGGGCCUCCUACUCCACAUGGGGGUCCAUCCACACCUCAUGGCCCUCCAACUCCCCUUGGUGGACCCCCAACACCACAUGGAGGCCCCCCAACUCCUCUUGGAAAUAAUACUGGUGGGAAUAUAGGGCAUGUAGGAUCAGGAUCGAGUCCUAAUAAUCAAGGGCAGUCAAAACUCUGGGAGAAGAACAAAAUGUUGGCAUCUCUUCUUGCAAAAGAAAGUCCACAUUCAAAUCCUCCUCGACCAGCAACACAGAAUGUUAAUCCAGAAAGCCUGCCUCAAGAAAAGCUUCCAAAGAUCUUAAAAGACAAGACACAUCCAUCUUCUACAUGGAUGUCUUCGGGUCCCAGCCAGUCACAGAUCCUGACUCAGAUAUUUGUCAAUGGGCCUGGACAACAUACAAACAUGAAGUCUUCUAAUGUGUCAUUGAAUCAACAACACCCUCUUGGCACACCAACAUCUGGAAAUUCAGUACCACAAAGCAACAUGACUUCCCAACACUCCACAAAUGCUCACGGAAGGUUGGGGAUGAAUAAUAUUCCUAUGAAUAGCUCUGUGUCAGUUCCAACCUCUCAUGGUGGUAUGUGGGACAUGGGUGGUAAUAGCAAUGUCUCAGUGGCAGCCUCAUCUGUUUCUACCAAGACAACCACUGCCCUGCCAUCUUUUAUAGAUGCCAUGCCUCGUAAUCCUAUUGGGGAUGUGAGCAGUAGUUAUUCUGAAGGAGGUCUACCAUCCAUAACGACUGCUGCUAAUUUUCUAUCAGCUCAAAACAAUGCUGAUGACUUUCUUCCUGAAAGUAUUCUUAAUGAUAUCAUGGAAAUGACAAACAUAUUUCCUGCAAGUGGUUCAACAGAUGAAGUUGGACAGCCCCCUUCAAUAAGCUCAGAUGAAGGUCACCGUCCUCCUACAUCCUCCUCUUACAAUUUAAUGGAGAUUCAAAAGAUCAAGGAAAGCCUCAUCUCAGACUUCGAUACGCAAGCUGCUCCAGCAGUAACUGGUCCGGGUUCCUUGCCGCCUUAUACUGCUGUUGCUUCUGCCUCUUCCAUUGGUAACUACCCACCUCCAUACACCCAGCGAACACGGUUUCCAAAUGCAGGUCCUACUGGUGCGCCUGGUGGAGGGACUAAUGUAGUAGGGAGUAUGAUUAGAUCCAGUAAUCAACAAUUUUCUCCUGGGAGUCCUCGACCUAAUAUGAGUAAUCAGCGAACAACACUUAUGAGACAGCAGGAUAUGAGAAAACGGCUUAUACAACAACAACAAAAUCAGGUGCUGGUACCCACACCUGCUUCAGAUGUGACCCAGCCUCCAACUUCGUACCAGAAUAUGGAUGACUUGUUUAACAACACUAUUGCACCAAAUGUGAAUGUCACUCUCCAGCGUAAUGUAGCAGACUCUCAAACUUCUCCAAAUUAUAAUAUCCUGGGAAAUUCUCCAAUUGGAUGUGGGGGACAGAUAUCUCCUGGCCAACGGAUUCCUCAGUCACCAUUUUCACCUGUUGGUCAGACAACAUCACCUCUUCCCACGCAACAAUAUUCAAAUAGGAAUCAAAGUGGGCAGAUAGGCAGUUACCAGGCACAAAGCUCACAGCUGUCUCCUAGAUUAUCCCAGGGGUCCCCUGCCCCACCCAGUUACCAAACAGGUGGACAGCCACUUCCUCAAAUGUCUCCAACUGGUCCUAGCACGCCGAGCACACCAGGGGUACAAGUUCCAUCAGGUCAGCAGAGUCCUGCUUGGUCCACUCCAAGUCCACAGCAACGAAAUUCACUGAUGGCACAGAACCCUUUGCUUAAUGCACAACUUUCUUAUAUGAAAACUGAUGGAAGUCGUCAGUUUGAUAGUGGUCGACAAUUCCAUGGGGGAGGGCGUUCAGGCCAUUUGCCGUCCAUACGCUCCAUGCCUAGCCCAGGUGCUCGUCAAUCUCCCUACCCCAAUAUGGGCCCCCCAACACCAGGAGCUGCUGGGCAAGGUGAUGCUGGACCCUAUCCUCCUUCAUCACCCCAGCAGGGACAGUCAUCUUUACUUUACCAGCAGCAGCAACAGCAACAACAGCAGUAUCGCUGCUUACAGCGUACAAUAUCAGCUCCUGGGCAGAUGUCAGAAAACAAUAAGUGGGUUGGAGAGAGUGUCAAUACAAGCCAGGCUGGAGGGCUGAGUGCUUCACCGAGAAUGGACGAUAGUCGUGGUAAUAGUGGGAAUGACAAAGAAAGUAUGUUGAAGCAUCUACUGUCCAAGUAACAUGCUUCCUGCCAAUCAUGCUAUGUCAUCCACAAUGUCACUCAUAUGGUUAAUCAGUCCCUACAGACCAGCCUGCUACCAGUCAUUGCAAGUUGCAGGAUGUGUCAUGGUAUUACCAUGGACAUAUUUUGGAGCACUUGUGCCUCACUGCCAAAUAAAUUUAUUGGAACAACAAAAAUAAAGAAAACCAAAAAAUAUACAAAAAAAUAUAUAUAUUCGUGUAUGUUGUUGAAACCAUUUAAGGUUUGGUGAUAGAGAAAGGAAAAUAAAGAAAUAAUUAACUACAUACCGAUAUAUGACUUGUAUUAAGCUUGUUGAAAAAAUUAGAAUGAUGUUCAAUACUGAUGAAUAUAUCCUCAGGUCUAUAAUGAUAUGUCAGUAUGUAUUAAGAAAAAUAAACAUUUAUUGGCUUGAAUGUCAAAAAAUUGUUUUGAUUAUUUUUGUUUAUAUUUAAAGGAUAGUGUAAAUGUAUAGAAGAAAGAGGGCAGUUUGGGGUAGGCAUGCUCCAUUGUAAUGGUUGAGGGAAGCCAAUGUGAUGUUUUAAUGCCAGAGCAGUCCUGUGAUUUAAACUUUAACCAGUACAAAAGGGGGGAAUGCUAGAAAAUUAAAUGGGUGUUGGGAGUCCGUGCAUCUUUCUUUCCCAUUUACCCACAAGUAAUGUGUACACACUCCCUACCUUGCUUUUACCAUUGAUUAUAUUAAGGAAAUGAUUUCUCUUCUAGGUAUAUGAGACUCAUGAUUUACCUCAUAAUGAGAAUACCUGCACAUGGUCAGGAUUUAUAUCUCAAUUCUUGUCUUCUCUCUCCCUCUUUUUUCUUUCUCUUUCUCUUUCUCUUUCAGUCUGUCCUUUCUUUCUUUCUUUCUCUUACUCUCUUCUUCCUUUGCUUUCAACUUCAGUAUCUCUUUAUUGCCCCAGCAUGAACUUGUAUCAAGCAUGAGAUAGGAAGACUUGCUGCACACAUGUUGGCCACAGAAAUGAGAAUGUCUUUGAUGGCAUUUUACCAUCGUUGUUUGGCAGGGAGUACGGCAGCCAGCCAGGGUAGGUUCAGUGAAGCUGCUAGUGGUACGUUAGCUGUGGUUUGGUUCAGCCUUAUGUGCAAUUCUUACCAUUGGGUUGUGACUUACAUGUCUAGUGUACAGAGAGAUUAUUAUUCUAUGAGGAGGGUAACAGUUGCUGUUGUCAGACUGUUGUAUACUAUUGUUAUGAAUGUAAGUACCAUUAAUAUAGUUCACUUAUAUACAGAGCCUUACAUACUCAACUCUUCUAUACCAAAGGCAUUAAUGUAGAUACACAGUGUACUUGAGGAAACUUCCCUAACCCCUGUAUUUUCUUUGCACAUCACCAAGUUGAAUGUUAGGUAGCAGGAGAUGUUAUCAAGAUUAGAGAUUAAAAGAUAUGUUAUAAUGGUUUAUUAUUUUUCUAUGAGAAAGUUUAUUGACCUGUUGUUAUUCUACAAAGAAAAAUUAAUGUUGGGCAAUGAAUGAUUGAAUAAUUGUAGGAACACAGAAGUGACUGGGGCCAGGAGAUGGAAGACAGCGCCAAAAAUCUAUAUGUCCGCCACAUGUGGUGCAAACGCGGCUGGGAACAACUUGCUCAUCAUUCACUAACGGCUACUUGUGGACUGGCUUGAGAUAGUAUGGCCCUGUGGGAGUGACCAUGAAAGAGUUAAACAAAGUGUCAGUUGGUGUCAUCCUAGGACCUAUUAUGGAUGAGAGGAGGGCAACCUAGAUGCCUUGUUUGCUUAAACAAUGUUCUGCUUGUGUUACUUGGCAGACAAGUCCUGUUAACUGAAAAGAACUCCUCUUAUCUUAGACCAUAAAAUAAGACUGCAUUUCUUUCUAGAAAAAUUACUUUAACAGGGCUAAUAAUAUUGGACUACUGAAGGAUACUACAUUAUUAUUAGCCUUUGUUUGCAGCAGAAAACUUGUACUUUUUCAUGCAGAAAAAUUGAAAGACUUCAGUUUAGCCUGAAAGAUCAAUAUUACAAACGUUUUUUCAGGCAGAAAUGGAAAGUGCUCUUAAAAUAGGAACUGUUAAAAGUGACAAAAGACAGUACAACCAAAGUGAUUAUGUGUAAUUUAAGUGCAAGGAUGUGAUUUCUGGACUCCACAUGAAAACUGGAGUUUGUUAUGAAAGAGUGCUGGCCCCAGGAUGUGAUAAGGCUACUUAUUGGUUAUGUGGUACAGUAAGGAAUUGACGGUUCCAGUUCGAUCCCCUCCUGACCAUCUGUAGUUACCCCAGAAGUGACCUAGUUACUGUUUCAUUCAGUAAUUGAUGCGUAAGGCCUCACAUGCAGAAAAAAAAAUUGUUAAAAGUAUAUUGAUUAUUUUAUAAAUCCCAAACUGUAUAGUUCCUCUGCGGACAAGGAGCCUCGGGUACUGUGGUGCCCAUGUCCAAUCUUGUUUUCCCUCCAACGCUGGCACUCCAAGAUUGGUCAUAUUUUGUAGAGUAUCAGCAUUCAGUUGUAUGUUUCAUUUGGUGGAGUAAGAUUUUUGUAUAUAUUUGUAGUGUAUAAGACAGUAAUUAUUAUGUAACAGUUAUGGAAUCCCACUCUUGAAGAACGGCCACUUCCCUCCAAGGUGCUGUUCGUUCAGGUGGGGCUUUCGUCAUGCCGUAUAGUCUGUAUUAUCAUUGGUUUCUGCAGCUUCAUUGGUUUGCAUUGGUUCGUUCCCUGUACAUUGUGUGUGUAUAGGCAAGUUUCACCAUCAUGAAGCCACAUGGCAAAAUAAAAGAGAAAUGGUG